AUGCCCGAAGCACUCGCAACGACGAAACGCAAGUUUCACAGACUCCUCGAUAGCCGCUUCGGAUCACCCUCGGCGCCAGUAGCCACUCCUCCUAGACCCGUGUCGCAAGGCACAAUCAGCGAACCAGCCACCAAGCGCAUAAGAUCCAGCGGCUCUACGACAUCACUGGCGACCAGUUUGCGCAAGCAGACAGCACCUGCGACGUCAAUCAAUCCCGUCCGAGGAGAACCAAACUUUGCGCCAUGGUCGCAUGACGCUUUUAUCAAGAGAUUGCGCAGUUUUGGACCUGUCACCAGCUGGCAUCCGAAACCUGAUGCUAUUAAUGAGGUUGAGUGGGCCAAGAGAGGCUGGUGGUGUGUCGAUACGAACACUGUGGCGUGUAAGGGAGGCUGUCGAGAGCGCGUCGCCGUCAAGAUUGAGCCAAUUGUCAAGAGAUGUCGCGUUCAGACUGAGGAAGAAGCACGAGAGGAGGCAGAGAGUGACGAAGACGAAGAGGAGGCUAAUCAGGAAGAAUUGGAACAAGCAUUGGUCAACAAAUACAAGGAGCUCAUCAUCGAGGGACACUCAGACGACUGUCUAUGGAGGAAGGCAGGAUGCAAGGACGACAUUUACCGCUUACCUCUUGUCAAGUCGACUGUCUGGCAACCCGAACUUCGCACACGCUACCAGUCGCUGCUAAACAUCUCGUCGUCACUCGCCAACCUGGCCCUGCAACCCGCUGAGCUCAGCCCUUCCCCAAACAAGAUCCUCGCCAACCUUCCAAUAUCCCUUCUCGAGAACAUCCAAGACAAGACAGAUGCAGAGAAAGAGCCAGAAGAAACAAAAGUCUCGGAUGAGACAAAGCAGAAGGCGUUGAAGGCUGCCGUCUGUGGAUGGCAAGCUUCAGGCGAGUCCAGCACCCAGCUUCUAUUCUGCGAUGCCUGCUUCCAAAGAGUCGGCCUAUGGAUGUACCAACCCGACUACAAGCCUCACACAUUUGGCGACGACGAUGAUGAAGAGCAAGAAGACCGCUCUCUCAAUCUCCUUCAACUACAUCGAGAGCACUGCCCGUGGCGCAACCCAACCACCCAAGCAGCGACCGGAAAAUAUGCUGGCAAGUCUGCACACACCAUCCUUCUCGAUGUCUUGGACCGAUACAUCGACGAGCAAAGACGCAGGUCUAGAGGUACCAUUCAAAGGCCCGUCACGGCUGGCAGUGAAGUUGAGAGCGAUGCUGGCGCCACGGAUGCUGGUACAGAAGAUCUGACUCUAGAGCAAUUGGCUUCCAUGCCAGAUCUCACAAGGGCAGAGACGGAGAAGCACGACAAGGAGAGGCUGUCGAAGUUGAGACGAUUGAAGACUGUCUUGGGCUUCAAGAAGAGAGCGCCUCCUGCUGCUUCAUAG